AAUGCUGUGCUAUAAGAAAAGGCCUUCCUUGAUCAUGCACAUUUCUAUCACCUUAGUCUGAGUUCAAAAACAAGAAAUAAAAGGAAAAAAAAAGGAAGAAAGGACCAUCGUUCAUUUUUUUCCCAUAGUUAAUGCUGGUAUUUUGCUGGUUUAAAUGCUGUAAACUCAGCUUCUAACUUGAGAAUUUUAGCGGCUCUCUUGGCUAAUUUUUUUUUUUUUUGAGAAGCUUUAGAUGUAAACUUAUAUGCUUUUCAACACAAGGUGGUGCAAAGUUGGGAUUUUUGUUAGUAUAGAUAUCGAGAAUGAGAGAAGAAAAUCAGUCCGGGAAUGGAGCAAAAGCUUCAAAAUUUACUGAUCAAAAUCAGUUACCAGUGAAAGGGGCUGGCAAGAACAAUGCCAAAGGGACUAAUGGCCAUCUUUCAAAGGUGAAGUCGUCGUGGGGUUCUCAAAUUGUGAAGGGUUUUUCUGGGGAGAAGAAGACUAAGUUGCAGACAGCAUCACAGAGCAAGCAAGUUCCUCUUGCAAGCUCUAAUGUAGGGAACCAGAAGAACCCUUUUGGGAUUUCGCAUUCGAGAGUGAAAAGGUCUCUCAUUGGUGAUUUAUCAUGUUCAAUCAAUGCUACACAAGUUCAUCCUCACUCAUUCAGUACUAGUAAGUCUUCUCCGGGCUCUCGGGAUUUAUUUCUUGAACUUGAUCAUCUGAGGAGUCUGCUGCAAGAAUCAAAGGAGAGGGAGUUCAAAUUGCAAGCUGAGUUGGCUGAAUGUAAGAGAAAUCCUAAAGUUUUUGAGCUGGAAAGGGUGCUUGAACUGAAAAGGGAUGAGAUUUCUAAGUUUGUGGAGAAAGUUGAGUUGCUAGAAUCUGAGAAAUCCAGCCUCUCUGAGCAGCUGGUAUCUUUAAGUUCUAUUCUGGGGAGGCAGGACGACAUGCCGAAAACGGAUGACCAAGAAAGCAUGAAUGGAGUGGAAAUGGAGGUUGUUGAGUUGAGGCGCUUGAAUAAGGAGCUUCAGCUUCAGAAGAGGAGUCUUGCUUGCAGGCUUUCUUCUCUGGAAUCACAGUUGGCCACUUCUGCAAAAGUUUCUGAGAGUGACAUUGUUGAGAAAAUAAAAGAGGAGGCUUCUUUGCUAAGACAUACGAACCAAGAUUUGUGCAAACAAGUUGAAGGCCUUCAAAUGAGUAGACUAAAUGAGGUUGAGGAACUUGCUUAUUUGAGAUGGGUUAACUCCUGUCUAAGGAAUGAGUUGCGCAACUGUUCAAACUCGAAUUCAGAUACCAUAUGUAGCCCCUAUGCAAUUGAGAGGCCUAGAGAAUCUAUUUGCUUAUCAUCUAAUGGAAGUGAUGAAGACUCUGGAUACAGCAGUAUAUCGAGGUUAAAUCUUAUUAAGAAGCUGAAGAAAUGGCCUAUUACUGACGAAGACAUGCAGCAGCUUGACCACACAGACAAUUUCAGGGAUCCUAAUUGGGAUAGUUCAGAGAGUUCGUUGAGGAGACACUCCAUUAGUGGAUUGAAGUGCUAUUCACAAGAUUUCAUGCUUGAUAAGAGAAGACAAUCUGAUGGUUUUAUGCGUUUCAAGGAACCCACAAACGAAGUCCAGAUGCUAGAUUCGCAAAAGUAUGAUUUGAGGGCAAAUAAAAUGCCUGAGUUCCUUAGCAGCUGCCAAGAUGCUUGCAGAGUUAAAGCUUCACUUGAUGUGGAGAAGAAGGCACUGCGCAUUCCAAAUCCUCCUCCCAGACCUUCAUGUACUGCUUCAAGUACUCAGAAAGCACAAAUUUCUUCUCAAGUUCCAGCACCACCACUUCCUCCUCCCCCUCCUCCUCCUCCUCCUCCUCCAAAGUUUAUAGGUAGAAAUAUGACAGGAACAGUGAAGCGUGCUCCACAAGUAGUUGAAUUUUAUCAUUCGCUGAUGAAGAGGGACUCUAGGAAAGAUUCUUUAAAUGGUGGGACAUGUGAUGCCUCUGAUGUUGCCAAUGUACGUAGUAGCAUGAUUGGUGAAAUUGAGAACCGAUCAUCAUAUUUGCUUGCAAUAAAGGCAGAUGUUGAGACUCAAGGAGAGUUUGUGAACUCCCUCAUACAAGAGGUGAACAAUGCCAUGUAUCAGAACAUUGAAGAUGUGGUUGCAUUUGUGAAGUGGCUGGAUGAUGAGCUCUGCUUUCUGGUCGAUGAGAGGGCAGUUCUAAAGCACUUUGAAUGGCCAGAGAAAAAGGCUGACACAUUACGUGAGGCAGCAUUUGGAUAUAGAGAUCUAAAGAAGUUAGAACAUGAAAUUGAGAAUUACAUAGACGAUCCUCAAUUGUCAUGCGAUGCAGCAUUGAGGAAAACAGUUGCUUUGUCGGAGAAGAUGGAACGUACUGUGUACAAUCUCCUUGGAAUGAGAGACCUGAUGAUCCGUCGAUGCAAGGAAUUCCAAAUUCCUACUGAUUGGAUGCUUGAUACUGGGAUAUUAAGCAAGAUAAAGCUUGCCUCCGUUAAACUGGCUAAGGUGUACAUGAGGAGGGUAGCUAUGGAACUACAAAGCAAGGGGGCAUUAGACAAGGAGUCUUCCAUGGACUAUAUGCUGCUCCAGGGGGUUCGAUUUGCUUUUCGAAUCCAUCAGUUUGCCGGAGGACUUGAUGCAGAUACCAUGCACGCAUUUGAGGAGCUUCGCAACCUCUCAGUGGUUUUAAACAGAAAGUAAAAACAGCUGAAGUGUGCCUUAAAAAUUGAGCUGAAUUGGGACGCUUACCAUCUCAGUAAGCAUGAGUUUGUAAAAUACAGUGUGGACAAUGAGUUAAAAUGAUUUUGUAGCUGGCAAGGAGAGAAUGAUUUUGGAGGUCUGAUAUGCAUUAAACUUUUGAAGAUUGAAAUGUUAAUGUGGCAUUCGAUAUUGUAAAUCCAACUGGAAUGGAAAUUUUUGCAUGACAAAAAUCACAAGCCUGGCUUGUAGAAUUUUGCAUGCUCCUUUAUC